AUUAACAGAUAUAGGUAGUCCUUGGACACCUUAGGUUACUGCACGCACCUUCUUUGUAUCAUUGAAGGGGCAUUGAAAUAUGAAGGCGACAAACUCGAAUCAUUGCAAAUAAAGACCAAAUUAUGUUUCCAGAAUUGGUAGCUACAAAGGCUUGAGGGAAUAGAAUAGGGGAUAUCAAAGGUGGCACCUUCACAAGAAAUGAAUAGAAUGAUUACAAAUGCAAAUAAAAUGUAAACUACUGUAGCCAUCGUUUCCUGACAAGGAACAUGUCAUAAUACUUUUCCAGGAUGAAGUGGGUCCAGCGGACAUGGCCGUACUCGUGACCAAAACUGAAGUUCUCCGUAAUGAAACUUUGCUGGAAAAAUUUCUAAGCUCUAUUGCACCACAAAAUAUCUCAGUCUUCCUGCAAUCUAUCUCAUCCGCAGCAACACAGGCAAGCCUGUCAGAGCAGCAAGUAACAACAAUAAAGAAAACACUCCUAGCUACCCAGCUCAGUGGUCUUCAGGUCGAGUUCUCUACUUAUACAACGGAAGAGUGGACAGUCUUGUUCCAGGACUACUUGUUUAAUUUGACUGCAUACUUCAACCAAUCACUUCUUGAGUUCAUUCCUAUGAACGUAUCCUGCUCCUCCUACCAAGUAAUAGUGAAAGUUUUUAGCAAUCAGUUUAGCUCGAUGACAGAUGAAACAAGAGAAGCAAUCUAUCAGUACUUCCUGAAACCAUACUUGACAGCAAAAGCUUCCACUUCCGCAGUUGUUUGUGAUGCUGGAAGCUUCCAGAACUGGCGUGAAGUGAACUUUGGAGUCUUUUUCUACUUUUUCCAACUUGGAGAAAUCUUAACACUCAAUGAAAAUUUUACACCGGAUGAAGUGGGUCCAGCGGACAUGGCCGUACUCGUGACCAAAACUGAAGUUCUCCGUAAUGAAACUUUGCUGGAAAAAUUUCUAAGCUCUAUUGCACCACAAAAUAUCUCAGUCUUCCUGCAAUCUAUCUCAUCCGCAGCAACACAGGCAAGCCUGUCAGAGCAGCAAGUAACAACAAUAAAGACAACACUCCUAGCUACCCAGCUCAGUGGUCUUCAGGUCGAGUUCUCUACUUAUACAACGGAAGAGUGGACAGUCUUGUUCCAGGACUACUUGUUUAAUUUGACUGCAUACUUCAACAAAUCACUUCUUGAGUUCAUUCCUAUGAACGUAUCCUGCUCCUCCUACCAAGUAAUAGUGAAAGUUUUUAGCAAUCAGUUUAGCUCGAUGACAGAUGAAACAAGAGAAGCAAUCUAUCAGUACUUCCUGAAACCAUACUUGACAGCAAAAGCUUCCACUUCCGCAGUUGUUUGUGAUGCUGGAAGCUUCCAGAACUGGCGUGAAGUGAACUUUGGAAUCUUUUUCUACUUUUUCCAACUUGGAGAAAUCUUAACACUCAAUGAAAAUUUUACACCGGAUGAAGUGGGUCCAGCGGACAUGGCCGUACUCGUGACCAAAACUGAAGUUCUCCGUAAUGAAACUUUGCUGGAAAAAUUUCUAAGCUCUAUUGCACCACAAAAUAUCUCAGUCUUCCUGCAAUCUAUCUCAUCCGCAGCAACACAGGCAAGCCUGUCAGAGCAGCAAGUAACAACAAUAAAGAAAACACUCCUAGCUACCCAGCUCAGUGGUCUUCAGGUCGAGUUCUCUACUUAUACAACGGAAGAGUGGACAGUCUUGUUCCAGGACUACUUGUUUAAUUUGACUGCAUACUUCAACCAAUCACUUCUUGAGUUCAUUCCUAUGAACGUAUCCUGCUCCUCCUACCAAGUAAUAGUGAAAGUUUUUAGCAAUCAGUUUAGCUCGAUGACAGAUGAAACAAGAGAAGCAAUCUAUCAGUACUUCCUGAAACCAUACUUGACAGCAAAAGCUUCCACUUCCGCAGUUGUUUGUGAUGCUGGAAGCUUCCAGAACUGGCGUGAAGUGAACUUUGGAGUCUUUUUCUACUUUUUCCAACUUGGAGAAAUCUUAACACUCAAUGAAAAUUUUACACCGGAUGAAGUGGGUCCAGCGGACAUGGCCGUACUCGUGACCAAAACUGAAGUUCUCCGUAAUGAAACUUUGCUGGAAAAAUUUCUAAGCUCUAUUGCACCACAAAAUAUCUCAGUCUUCCUGCAAUCUAUCUCAUCCGCAGCAACACAGGCAAGCCUGUCAGAGCAGCAAGUAACAACAAUAAAGAAAACACUCCUAGCUACCCAGCUCAGUGGUCUUCAGGUCGAGUUCUCUACUUAUACAACGGAAGAGUGGACAGUCUUGUUCCAGGACUACUUGUUUAAUUUGACUGCAUACUUCAACCAAUCACUUCUUGAGUUCAUUCCUAUGAACGUAUCCUGCUCCUCCUACCAAGUAAUAGUGAAAGUUUUUAGCAAUCAGUUUAGCUCGAUGACAGAUGAAACAAGAGAAGCAAUCUAUCAGUACUUCCUGAAACCAUACUUGACAGCAAAAGCUUCCACUUCCGCAGUUGUUUGUGAUGCUGGAAGCUUCCAGAACUGGCGUGAAGUGAACUUUGGAGUCUUUUUCUACUUUUUCCAACUUGGAGAAAUCUUAACACUCAAUGAAAAUUUUACACCGGAUGAAGUGGGUCCAGCGGACAUGGCCGUACUCGUGACCAAAACUGAAGUUCUCCGUAAUGAAACUUUGCUGGAAAAAUUUCUAAGCUCUAUUGCACCACAAAAUAUCUCAGUCUUCCUGCAAUCUAUCUCAUCCGCAGCAACACAGGCAAGCCUGUCAGAGCAGCAAGUAACAACAAUAAAGAAAACACUCCUAGCUACCCAGCUCAGUGGUCUUCAGGUCGAGUUCUCUACUUAUACAACGGAAGAGUGGACAGUCUUGUUCCAGGACUACUUGUUUAAUUUGACUGCAUACUUCAACCAAUCACUUCUUGAGUUCAUUCCUAUGAACGUAUCCUGCUCCUCCUACCAAGUAAUAGUGAAAGUUUUUAGCAAUCAGUUUAGCUCGAUGACAGAUGAAACAAGAGAAGCAAUCUAUCAGUACUUCCUGAAACCAUACUUGACAGCAAAAGCUUCCACUUCCGCAGUUGUUUGUGAUGCUGGAAGCUUCCAGAACUGGCGUGAAGUGAACUUUGGAGUCUUUUUCUACUUUUUCCAACUUGGAGAAAUCUUAACACUCAAUGAAAAUUUUACACCGGAUGAAGUGGGUCCAGCGGACAUGGCCGUACUCGUGACCAAAACUGAAGUUCUCCGUAAUGAAACUUUGCUGGAAAAAUUUCUAAGCUCUAUUGCACCACAAAAUAUCUCAGUCUUCCUGCAAUCUAUCUCAUCCGCAGCAACACAGGCAAGCCUGUCAGAGCAGCAAGUAACAACAAUAAAGAAAACACUCCUAGCUACCCAGCUCAGUGGUCUUCAGGUCGAGUUCUCUACUUAUACAACGGAAGAGUGGACAGUCUUGUUCCAGGACUACUUGUUUAAUUUGACUGCAUACUUCAACCAAUCACUUCUUGAGUUCAUUCCUAUGAACGUAUCCUGCUCCUCCUACCAAGUAAUAGUGAAAGUUUUUAGCAAUCAGUUUAGCUCGAUGACAGAUGAAACAAGAGAAGCAAUCUAUCAGUACUUCCUGAAACCAUACUUGACAGCAAAAGCUUCCACUUCCGCAGUUGUUUGUGAUGCUGGAAGCUUCCAGAACUGGCGUGAAGUGAACUUUGGAGUCUUUUUCUACUUUUUCCAACUUGGAGAAAUCUUAACACUCAAUGAAAAUUUUACACCGGAUGAAGUGGGUCCAGCGGACAUGGCCGUACUCGUGACCAAAACUGAAGUUCUCCGUAAUGAAACUUUGCUGGAAAAAUUUCUAAGCUCUAUUGCACCACAAAAUAUCUCAGUCUUCCUGCAAUCUAUCUCAUCCGCAGCAACACAGGCAAGCCUGUCAGAGCAGCAAGUAACAACAAUAAAGAAAACACUCCUAGCUACCCAGCUCAGUGGUCUUCAGGUCGAGUUCUCUACUUAUACAACGGAAGAGUGGACAGUCUUGUUCCAGGACUACUUGUUUAAUUUGACUGCAUACUUCAACCAAUCACUUCUUGAGUUCAUUCCUAUGAACGUAUCCUGCUCCUCCUACCAAGUAAUAGUGAAAGUUUUUAGCAAUCAGUUUAGCUCGAUGACAGAUGAAACAAGAGAAGCAAUCUAUCAGUACUUCCUGAAACCAUACUUGACAGCAAAAGCUUCCACUUCCGCAGUUGUUUGUGAUGCUGGAAGCUUCCAGAACUGGCGUGAAGUGAACUUUGGAGUCUUUUUCUACUUUUUCCAACUUGGAGAAAUCUUAACACUCAAUGAAAAUUUUACACCGGAUGAAGUGGGUCCAGCGGACAUGGCCGUACUCGUGACCAAAACUGAAGUUCUCCGUAAUGAAACUUUGCUGGAAAAAUUUCUAAGCUCUAUUGCACCACAAAAUAUCUCAGUCUUCCUGCAAUCUAUCUCAUCCGCAGCAACACAGGCAAGCCUGUCAGAGCAGCAAGUAACAACAAUAAAGAAAACACUCCUAGCUACCCAGCUCAGUGGUCUUCAGGUCGAGUUCUCUACUUAUACAACGGAAGAGUGGACAGUCUUGUUCCAGGACUACUUGUUUAAUUUGACUGCAUACUUCAACCAAUCACUUCUUGAGUUCAUUCCUAUGAACGUAUCCUGCUCCUCCUACCAAGUAAUAGUGAAAGUUUUUAGCAAUCAGUUUAGCUCGAUGACAGAUGAAACAAGAGAAGCAAUCUAUCAGUACUUCCUGAAACCAUACUUGACAGCAAAAGCUUCCACUUCCGCAGUUGUUUGUGAUGCUGGAAGCUUCCAGAACUGGCGUGAAGUGAACUUUGGAGUCUUUUUCUACUUUUUCCAACUUGGAGAAAUCUUAACACUCAAUGAAAAUUUUACACCGGAUGAAGUGGGUCCAGCUGACAUGGCCGUACUCGUGACCAAAACUGAAGUUCUCCGUAAUGAAACUUUGCUGGAAAAAUUUCUAAGCUCUAUUGCACCACAAAAUAUCUCAGUCUUCCUGCAAUCUAUCUCAUCCGCAGCAACACAGGCAAGCCUGUCAGAGCAGCAAGUAACAACAAUAAAGAAAACACUCCUAGCUACCCAGCUCAGUGGUCUUCAGGUCGAGUUCUCUACUUAUACAACGGAAGAGUGGACAGUCUUGUUCCAGGACUACUUGUUUAAUUUGACUGCAUACUUCAACCAAUCACUUCUUGAGUUCAUUCCUAUGAACGUAUCCUGCUCCUCCUACCAAGUAAUAGUGAAAGUUUUUAGCAAUCAGUUUAGCUCGAUGACAGAUGAAACAAGAGAAGCAAUCUAUCAGUACUUCCUGAAACCAUACUUGACAGCAAAAGCUUCCACUUCCGCAGUUGUUUGUGAUGCUGGAAGCUUCCAGAACUGGCGUGAAGUGAACUUUGGAGUCUUUUUCUACUUUUUCCAACUUGGAGAAAUCUUAACACUCAAUGAAAAUUUUACACCGGAUGAAGUGGGUCCAGCGGACAUGGCCGUACUCGUGACCAAAACUGAAGUUCUCCGUAAUGAAACUUUGCUGGAAAAAUUUCUAAGCUCUAUUGCACCACAAAAUAUCUCAGUCUUCCUGCAAUCUAUCUCAUCCGCAGCAACACAGGCAAGCCUGUCAGAGCAGCAAGUAACAACAAUAAAGAAAACACUCCUAGCUACCCAGCUCAGUGGUCUUCAGGUCGAGUUCUCUACUUAUACAACGGAAGAGUGGACAGUCUUGUUCCAGGACUACUUGUUUAAUUUGACUGCAUACUUCAACCAAUCACUUCUUGAGUUCAUUCCUAUGAACGUAUCCUGCUCCUCCUACCAAGUAAUAGUGAAAGUUUUUAGCAAUCAGUUUAGCUCGAUGACAGAUGAAACAAGAGAAGCAAUCUAUCAGUACUUCCUGAAACCAUACUUGACAGCAAAAGCUUCCACUUCCGCAGUUGUUUGUGAUGCUGGAAGCUUCCAGAACUGGCGUGAAGUGAACUUUGGAGUCUUUUUCUACUUUUUCCAACUUGGAGAAAUCUUAACACUCAAUGAAAAUUUUACACCGGAUGAAGUGGGUCCAGCGGACAUGGCCGUACUCGUGACCAAAACUGAAGUUCUCCGUAAUGAAACUUUGCUGGAAAAAUUUCUAAGCUCUAUUGCACCACAAAAUAUCUCAGUCUUCCUGCAAUCUAUCUCAUCCGCAGCAACACAGGCAAGCCUGUCAGAGCAGCAAGUAACAACAAUAAAGAAAACACUCCUAGCUACCCAGCUCAGUGGUCUUCAGGUCGAGUUCUCUACUUAUACAACGGAAGAGUGGACAGUCUUGUUCCAGGACUACUUGUUUAAUUUGACUGCAUACUUCAACCAAUCACUUCUUGAGUUCAUUCCUAUGAACGUAUCCUGCUCCUCCUACCAAGUAAUAGUGAAAGUUUUUAGCAAUCAGUUUAGCUCGAUGACAGAUGAAACAAGAGAAGCAAUCUAUCAGUACUUCCUGAAACCAUACUUGACAGCAAAAGCUUCCACUUCCGCAGUUGUUUGUGAUGCUGGAAGCUUCCAGAACUGGCGUGAAGUGAACUUUGGAAUCUUUUUCUACUUUUUCCAACUUGGAGAAAUCUUAACACUCAAUGAAAAUUUUACACCGGAUGAAGUGGGUCCAGCGGACAUGGCCGUACUCGUGACCAAAACUGAAGUUCUCCGUAAUGAAACUUUGCUGGAAAAAUUUCUAAGCUCUAUUGCACCACAAAAUAUCUCAGUCUUCCUGCAAUCUAUCUCAUCCGCAGCAACACAGGCAAGCCUGUCAGAGCAGCAAGUAACAACAAUAAAGAAAACACUCCUAGCUACCCAGCUCAGUGGUCUUCAGGUCGAGUUCUCUACUUAUACAACGGAAGAGUGGACAGUCUUGUUCCAGGACUACUUGUUUAAUUUGACUGCAUACUUCAACAAAUCACUUCUUGAGUUCAUUCCUAUGAACGUAUCCUGCUCCUCCUACCAAGUAAUAGUGAAAGUUUUUAGCAUUCAGUUUAGCUCGAUGACAGAUGAAACAAGAGAAGCAAUCUAUCAGUACUUCCUGAAACCAUACUUGACAGCAAAAGCUUCCACUUCCGCAGUUGUUUGUGAUGCUGGAAGCUUCCAGAACUGGCGUGAAGUGAACUUUGGAGUCUUUUUCUACUUUUUCCAACUUGGAGAAAUCUUAACACUCAAUGAAAAUUUUACACCGGAUGAAGUGGGUCCAGCGGACAUGGCCGUACUCGUGACCAAAACUGAAGUUCUCCGUAAUGAAACUUUGCUGGAAAAAUUUCUAAGCUCUAUUGCACCACAAAAUAUCUCAGUCUUCCUGCAAUCUAUCUCAUCCGCAGCAACACAGGCAAGCCUGUCAGAGCAGCAAGUAACAACAAUAAAGAAAACACUCCUAGCUACCCAGCUCAGUGGUCUUCAGGUCGAGUUCUCUACUUAUACAACGGAAGAGUGGACAGUCUUGUUCCAGGACUACUUGUUUAAUUUGACUGCAUACUUCAACAAAUCACUUCUUGAGUUCAUUCCUAUGAACGUAUCCUGCUCCUCCUACCAAGUAAUAGUGAAAGUUUUUAGCAUUCAGUUUAGCUCGAUGACAGAUGAAACAAGAGAAGCAAUCUAUCAGUACUUCCUGAAACCAUACUUGACAGCAAAAGCUUCCACUUCCGCAGUUGUUUGUGAUGCUGGAAGCUUCCAGAACUGGCGUGAAGUGAACUUUGGAGUCUUUUUCUACUUUUUCCAACUUGGAGAAAUCUUAACACUCAAUGAAAAUUUUACACCGGAUGAAGUGGGUCCAGCGGACAUGGCCGUACUCGUGACCAAAACUGAAGUUCUCCGUAAUGAAACUUUGCUGGAAAAAUUUCUAAGCUCUAUUGCACCACAAAAUAUCUCAGUCUUCCUGCAAUCUAUCUCAUCCGCAGCAACACAGGCAAGCCUGUCAGAGCAGCAAGUAACAACAAUAAAGACAACACUCCUAGCUACCCAGCUCAGUGGUCUUCAGGUCGAGUUCUCUACUUAUACAACGGAAGAGUGGACAGUCUUGUUCCAGGACUACUUGUUUAAUUUGACUGCAUACUUCAACAAAUCACUUCUUGAGUUCAUUCCUAUGAACGUAUCCUGCUCCUCCUACCAAGUAAUAGUGAAAGUUUUUAGCAUUCAGUUUAGCUCGAUGACAGAUGAAACAAGAGAAGCAAUCUAUCAGUACUUCCUGAAACCAUACUUGACAGCAAAAGCUUCCACUUCCGCAGUUGUUUGUGAUGCUGGAAGCUUCCAGAACUGGCGUGAAGUGAACUUUGGAGUCUUUUUCUACUUUUUCCAACUUGGAGAAAUCUUAACACUCAAUGAAAAUUUUACACCGGAUGAAGUGGGUCCAGCGGACAUGGCCGCACUCGUGACCAAAACUGAAGUUCUCCUCAAUGAAACUUUGCUGGAAAAAUUUCUAAGCUCUAUUGCACCACAAAAUAUCUCAGUCUUCCUGCAAUCUAUCUCAUCUGCAGCAACACAGGCAAGCCUGUCAGAGCAGCAAGUAACAACAAUAAAGAAAACACUCCUAGCUACCCAGCUCAGUGGUCUUCAGGUCGAGUUCUCUACUUAUACAACGGGAGAGUGGACAGUCUUGUUCCAGGACUACUUGUUUAAUUUGACUGCGUACUUCAACAAAUCACUUCUUGAGUUCAUUCCUCUGAACGUAUCCUGCUCCUCCUACCAAGUAAUAGUGAAAGUUUUUAGCAUUCAGUUUAGCUCGAUGACAGAUGAAACAAGAGAAGCAAUCUAUCAGUACUUCCUGAAACCAUACUUGACAGCAAAAGCUUCCACUUCCGCAGUUGUUUGUGAUGCUGGAAGCUUCCAGAACUGGCGUGAAGUGAACUUUGGAGUCUUUUUCUACUUCUUCCAACUUGGAGAAAUCUUAACACUUAAUGAAAAGUUUACACUGGAUAAAGUGGAUCCAGCGGACAUGGCCGUACUCGUGACCAAACCUGAAGUUCUCCUCAAUGAAACUUUGCUGGAAACAUUUCUAAGCUCUAUUGCACCACAAAAUAUCUCAGUCUUCCUGCAAUCUAUCUCAUCCGCAGCAACACAGGCAAGCCUAUCAGACCAGCAAGUAACAACAAUAAAGACAACACUCCUAGCAACCCAGCUCAGGGGUCUUCAGACCAACUUCUCUACUUAUACAACGGAAAAGUGGACAGUCUUGUUCCAGGAUUACUUGAUUAAUUUGACUGUGUUCUUCAACCAAACCCUUUUCGAGUUUAUUCCUCUAGACAUAUCCUGUUCUUCCUACCAAGCAAUAGUUAAAGUAUUUAGCCUUCAGUUUAUUUCAUUGACGAGUAGCACAAAUGAAUUAAUAUAUCGGUACUUCCUGAUGCCAUACUUGACUGCAAAGACAGCAACUUCCACAGAUCUCAAUCCAAGAUGCUACACAACCGGUGACUAUUCCUGGAUUGUUCAAUAUCUGCAGACUUUUGUGACCUACUGUACUAGUGCAGAUCUUCAAUCAUUUAGCAGCAAUGAAACACUGCUUCAGCAAUUUUCAGUGGACUCAAAAACUCUGGCUUUUAUUGGGAAUCUGACUCUGCAAAAAGACUUUAAAAUAUACUAUGCACAGCUGCUCUCCAUGGAAAAUUCUGGGUUCUCUGUACAAAUGCUUCCUGAAAAUAUCCUUUGCUUUGCUGUUGGCCAGCUAAACCUUGGAAACCUAUCUCCGGCACAGGCAAUGAGCACCUUGCAGUCUUUGAAAUCUUGUGGUCCAAACGUCAACCUGGGGCAAGCAGAUCUUGCUGGCCUGCUCUCCUCGGUUACCACCAUCACAUCAGGAACCCUGGCCUCACUUGGCUCUCUAGCUGUUGGACUGUCACCGUCCGUUUUGGAGAAUGCAGAUGGGAACGUUCUGAAGGAGAAUCUUCAAUCCCUGUCCACUGUCACUAGCUGGAGUGUCACACAGGCUUCUGUUAUUGUAUCAAAGAUUGUUCAGAGUAAUUUCCAGGUUAAUGUUGAUGCUCUGAAUAAACUGGGUACACUGGUCGUUGGCCUUCCAUCAGCUGAACUAAAUAAGUUGCAACCAUCAGACAUUAUGAACCUUGCCACUAAUGCCAAUUUUAUCAGCUAUGUGGAAGAAGCUCCAGUGGCGCUAAAGCAAAAGUUUGUUCUGAAGGUCAUUCAGGCUAGCAUCAUCUCAGAUAAGACCAUCUUCCAGCUUGUUCCAUCCACACUAGCUAGUGCAAUACCAGCGUCCCGCUUACUGGUUUCCAACCUCGAUAUCAGUGUAAUAAAUCAGAUGAAAUGGACCUCAAGCCAGGCUCAAGUGUUCUUCCACACCGUAAUCAUAAAUGUUCAUGAUUUCUCCAUUUUAUCUGUGAACAUCCUACAAGGAUUUACAUGUGGAGCUUCCAAAAUCUUAACCAAUGAUCAGUUUACCAGCCUAAUUAAAUCUAUGAAUGGCAAAGCAGUGAAAUUAGAGGGUAGCCAAGUGAGCUGCAUGGCCAAGAGACUGACGAAAGUAGGAGCUUCAAAUGACUUCAGCAGCAUUCCCAGCAAUGUUCUGCUCUUCACAAGCCCCGUCACCAGUAAAUCUCAGUGUAAAGAUUAUUUUACACGUGUUGGACAGGCUAACAUUGACCUGCUACCUCAAGGAUCUACAAAGAGGACCUCUCUACUCAGCAAUGCAAUAAGCUGUCUGAACAUAAACACCAAUAGUAUCACUAAAGAAAACUUGGUAACUUUGGGCAAUCUGGCCUGUGACCUGACAGGCAAAGAAAUCAUUGGUUGUGACUCGUAUGUCUUAGAAGCACUCAAAAACUGUUCAUCCUUUACCACCGAUCAGAGAGCGGCCAUUGUGACUAGGCUGAAAGCAAAAUAUGGGAAUCCUUCUACUUGGACUUUAUCAACCAUGACAAUGAUAGGACGCCUUUCCAGCACUCUGGAUCGUGCCACAGUAAUGCUGAUCAGCAAGACUGUAAAGAUAAAGUUUUUCCCAAGUCUGCUGAGUUCCCUGAAAACUACAUACAAGACAACAUUUACCUUUGUCCUCAGUCAACUUGCAGUGUCAUCUAGGAUCACUCGUGAUGUCUUUGUUUCAUGUAACGAGGAGCUCACUAUAGACAUGAUAAACAACCAAAUGGACCUCAUUGCAGCUACGUACUCAGCUGCACAGCUAGAUGCCUGCAUCACCAAUAAAACUUUAAUAGAUAGUUUGACGGUCCUUGGAAGCUUGGCAUUCGCUGAUGAGCAGCUGCAAGUACUCAAGGCUAGACUGGAUAUGAUCUUCUCCAAUGGUGUACCAGAACAGUAUCUCAUCCAGCUGGGAAAUAUAGCAAGAAUGUACAGUGAGGAGGAAAUUAGCCUCUGGAAUAUUACAUCUGUGGAUACAUUAGCAACAUUGAUCCAAAGUGCGUCCUGGAAUUCCAAUGACAUCAAGGUCAAUGAAUUGGUUCAGCGAUACCUACAGCUCAACUAUCCGAAUGCCAGUUUGGAUGGAACACUACUCACCGUCCUGGCUCCUUACAUCUGUAGCCUAAAUGAGACUCUAAUUCAAAACCUUUCCUAUGAAAAUCUUGGAAAUUCUUCUCAACCACUGGAGAUUUCAACAUGUAGCCAAACCAUUAAGAACCUCCUCUUCGACAAGAUGAAGUUGGUCUACUCAUCCUAUGAUAACUCUUCAAAUGAAUACUAUCAGAUAAUGAUGCCUGUAAUUGGUGGUGCUAGGGCCAGCGACCUGAUUGCAUUUGCUAGAGGCUUUCCAGAGAUGGACCUCACAACCUUUACAUCUCUUAAUCCAGAAGAGGUGAAGGAAUUAAGUGUGCAAAACAUUAUGGACUUGCUGGGAGAUAGCGUGCUUGAAAUUAACACAAUAUUCAGCAGCAGUGUGCUCAUAGCAUGGGCAGAAGCAAACAAUCAGAGUGAGAUCAACAAUACCACAGCCUAUCUGCAAUCAAUCAUAGCAGCCCUUGUGACCAACGCUGAUGUUCUCCUCAAUGACGAUUUACUCAAGACAUAUCUAAACAUGAUUGCACCGCAAAAUGUCCCUAUAUUCCUUCAAUCUAUAACUUCUGCGGCAAUACAGGCAAACCUGUCAGAGGAGCAAGUAACAACAAUAAAGAAAACACUCCUAGCUACAGAGCUCAGGGGUCUUCAGGCCAACUUCUCUACUUAUACAACUGAACAAUGGAGCGUUUUGUUUCAAAACGACUUGCUUAACUUGACAGUAUACUUCAACCAAACCCUUCUUGAGAUCAUCCCGCUGAACGUAACCUGCUCCUCCUACCAAGCAAUAGUUAAAGCAUUUAGCCUUCAGUUUAGCUCAAUGACAGAUGACACAAGAGAAGCAAUCUAUCAGAACUUCCUGAAACCAUACUUGACGGCAAAGAUAGCCAUUUCCACAGUGGUUUGUGAUGCUGGAAACUUCCAGGACUGGAGUGAACUGAACUUUGGAGCCUUUUUCUACUUCUUCUCACUUGAAGAAAUCAUGACACUCAAUAAAAACUUUACACUGAAUGACCUUUCUCCAAUGGACAUAGCUUACUCAGUGACCACAGCUAACAUUCUCCUCAAUGCAACUUUGCUGGAAAAAUAUCUAAGUGCCAUCGCACCGCAAAAUGUCACAGUCUUCUUGGAAGCUUUCUCUUCCACAGCAAAACAGGCCAACCUGUCAGAGGAGCAAGUAACAACAAUAAAGAAAACACUCCUAGCUACAGAGCUCAGGGGUCUUCAGGCCAACUUCUCUACUUAUACAACUGAACAAUGGAGCGUUUUGUUUCAAAAUGACUUGCUUAACUUGACAGUAUACUUCAACCAAAGCCUUCUGGAAUUAAUCCCGCUGAACUUAUCCUGCUCCUCCUACCAAGCAAUAGUAAAAGCAUUUAGCCUUCAGUUUAGCUCAAUGACAGAUGACACAAGAGAAGCAAUCUAUCAGAACUUCCUGAAACCAUACUUGAAGGCAAAGAUAGCCAUUUCCACAGUGGUUUGUGAUGCUGGAAACAUCCAGGACUGGAGGGAACUGAACUUUGGAGCCUUUUUCUACUUCUUCUCACUUGAAGAAAUCAUGACACUCAAUAAAAACUUUACACUGAAUGACCUUUCUCCAAUGGACAUAGCUUACUCAGUGACCACAGCUAACAUUCUCCUCAAUGCAACUUUGGUGGAAAAAUAUCUAAGUGCCAUCGCACCGCAAAAUGUUACAGUCUUCCUAGAAGCUUUCUCUUCUACAGCAAAACAGGCCAACCUGUCAGAGGAGCAAGUAACAACAAUAAAGAAAACACUCCUAGUUUCAGAGCUCAGGGGUCUUCAGGCCAACUUCUCUACUUAUACAACUGAACAAUGGAGCGUUUUGUUCCAAAACUACUUGCUUAACUUGACAGUAUACUUCAACCAAACCCUUCUUGAGAUCAUCCCGCUAAACGUAACCUGCUCCUCCUACCAAGCAAUAGUUAAAGCAUUUAGCCUUCAGUUUAGCUCAAUGACAGAUGACACAAGAGAAGCAAUCUAUCAGAACUUCCUGAAACCAUACUUGAAGGCAAAGAUAGCCAUUUCCACAGUGGUUUGUGAUGCUGGAAACUUCCAGGACUGGAGUGAACUGAACUUUGGAGCCUUUUUCUACUUCUUCUCACUUGAAGAAAUCAUGACACUCAAUAAAAACUUUACAAUGAAUGACCUAUCUCCAAUGGACAUAGCUUACUCAGUGACCACAGCUAACAUUCUCCUCAAUGCAACUUUGCUGGAAAAAUAUCUAAGUGCCAUCGCACCGCAAAAUGUUACAGUCUUCCUAGAAGCUUUCUCUUCUACAGCAAAACAGGCCAACCUGUCAGUGGAGCAAGUAACAACAAUAAAGAAAACACUCCUAGUUACAGAGCUCAGGGGUCUUCAGGCCAACUUCUCGACUUAUACAACUGAACAAUGGAGCGUUUUGUUCCAAAACGACUUGCUUAACUUGACAGUAUACUUCAACCAAACCCUUCUUGAGAUCAUCCCACUGAACGUAACCUGCUCCUCCUACCAAGCAAUAGUUCAAGCAUUUAGCCUUCAGUUUAGCUCAAUGACAGAUGACACAAGAGAAGCAAUCUAUCAGAACUUCCUGAAACCAUACUUGAAGGCAAAGAUAGCCAUUUCCACAGUGGUUUGUGAUGCUGGAAACUUCCAGGACUGGAGUGAACUGAACUUUGGAGCCUUUUUCUACUUCUUCUCACUUGAAGAAAUCAUGACACUCAAUAAAAACUUUACACUGAAUGACCUAUCUCCAAUGGACAUAGCUUACUCAGUGACCACAGCUAACAUUCUCCUCAAUGCAACUUUGCUGGAAAAAUAUCUAAGUGCCAUCGCACCGCAAAAUGUUACAGUCUUCCUAGAAGCUUUCUCUUCUACAGCAAAACAGGCCAACCUGUCAGAGGAGCAAGUAACAACAAUAAAGAAAACACUCCUAGUUACAGAGCUCAGGGGUCUUCAGGCCAACUUCUCUACUUAUACAACUGAACAAUGGAGCGUUUUGUUCCAAAACGACUUGCUUAACUUGACAGUAUACUUCAACCAAACCCUUCUUGAGAUCAUCCCGCUGAACGUAACCUGCUCCUCCUACCAAGCAAUAGUUAAAGCAUUUAGCCUUCAGUUUAGCUCAAUGACAGAUGACACAAGAGAAGCAAUCUAUCAGAACUUCCUGAAACCAUACUUGAAGGCAAAGAUAGCCAUUUCCACAGUGGUUUGUGAUGCUGGAAACUUCCAGGACUGGAGUGAACUGAACUUUGGAGCCUUUUUCUACUUCUUCUCACUUGAAGAAAUCAUGACACUCAAUAAAAACUUUACAAUGGUAAGCUCCUGCACAUGGGUUGACAUUACAAAUCCUAGAUUGAUGAUGAAGCGCUGUAAGAGGUCAAUUAAAAAAGGUUACCAUGACAUAGGGUGGUGCAAUGCUAUAGGCUUUUGCCACCAAAGAGAAUCACACACACCUUUCUUGUAUCAUAAAGGGGAUUCAUGA